AUGUCACGGGCGGGGGGUGAUGGCACCGCCGCGCUGGAGCGGGCCGGGGCGGAGACGGUGAAGCGGGCGGUGGAGCUGGACCUGGCUUCUCGGUUCCAGGAGUCGCUGGUGUGCUACCAGGAGGGCAUCGACCUCCUACUGCAGGUGGUGAAAGCCACGAAAGAUGAGGCAAAAAAGCACCGUUACCGGCAGAAAAUAUCCGAGUACAUGACCAGAGCUGAAGACAUUAAAAAACACAUUGAAAAGGAGAAACAAGAUGGCAAAUACCAUAAGCAAAUCAGGAUAGAGGAAAAUGCAACAGGUUUCAGCUACGAAAAGCUUUUCCAGGAGUACCUUACUGACAUUGUUUCUGAAGUUUGGGUGGACGACCCGUACAUUAGGCAUGUUCAUCAGUUGUAUAACUUCCUACGAUUCUGCGAGAUGCUAGUUAAGGGGCCAUGCAAAGUGAAAGCAAUCCACCUCCUCACUUCCUCUGAUGAAGGUAAUGGGAGGAGUCAGCAGAUAAGUGGCUUGGAAGAAAUACAAAAAUCAUUGAGGAACUAUGGAGUAACACUGAAUAUUGCAUUUUCAUCUUCAAUACAUGAUAGAGAAAUCAGAUUCAACAAUGGAUGGAUGAUUAAGAUUGGAAGAGGUCUUGAUUAUUUUAAGAAACCACAGAGUCGUUUCAGCAUUGGAUACUGUGACUUUGACUUGCGACCUUGUCACGAAACAACAGUGGAUGUCUUUCAUACUAAACAUACAAGGAAAAUGUGAUCAAAUAUGACUGCUUUUAAUGAGUGUUUUUAUAAGCAUAAAAAAUUAAGACUAGAAGAUGCCGCUUGAGUCUAGCUGUUCACCCUCACAAGCAACUCUUCUAAGUAUUUAGUCCAGCACAGCUUUUAUAAUCUAUAGGUUUAAGAAUAUUUGAGACUUUUCAGUCUGAGAAAACACAGCCGUACAAUUCCUCCAGUGUACUUCUCCCAUAAUCUUAAUUAAUGCAGUCCACGUCUAAAUUUGAUUUGAUUUCAUCACAGACCCUCAAUACUGUCUCUCAAAGGCCUCUUUACUGUAAUUUCUAUUUUUACUAUUAAUUUUGUCUUGAGCAAAUUUUGUUUUUUAUAUCUUUAAUUGAUGACAAACAUUUGAAGCUGGGCUGCCACAUGUCCUCUUUUAUAAGCAGCCAUAUUUAUUUCCUUUAAUUCCUGUAUUCUAGUCAUGACUACUGUUUUGCUGUGUUUUGGUCAAUCCCGUAACACCUGAUUUCACAGACUUUACUGGUAACCCCAAAUCUAACAUUCCUUUUUCCAAGCUCCUUGCAUACAAACAUUGUAAUGUUCAGUAUACAGACAUUUUAGGGUCGCCCUAACGUGUCUCUGCAUGAUGGAUUUUGGGCUGGAAAGGAUGCAAACAGCUGUAUUCUUUUCCCUGUCACUCCUAUAUGUUCUUUUAUUCCGUGAUGUAUGGUCAUAUACCUGAUUUCCAUCCUUUGCAUUAGGUGUGGAAAGGUUGUAUGAUCCUCAGUCUUUCCCUGACUUGCAAGUUUAAUGUCCUUCCAGCUAGUCCUGCCAGUCUCAACUGUAGUAAGCUAUUUCCCUGCUACUAAGACAGUCCCCUACAAAAAUAAUACUUGAUUUUUAAAUUCUUCAAGAAGUUGGAUAUUCUGAACCUUUCUUGUUAAUAAUGAUUCUAAGGAAUAUGCUAACUGGAAAAAAGGCAAAGUAUUUUCUUGUCUUUCCUUCAUCCUUUGGAAACCGGAAGGUAUCAUUUGAGGUGCUGCUUCUUUUUCUUCUUAUACAAGAGUUCUUGGUCAUUGUCAGCAAGAAUCUGGCGAAGUCGUAUAUUCUGACAUGAAGAACAGGCAGUGGCCUCUUCCGCAGGUCCCAUCAAAAUCUUUUCAGCCUCAGGACUGACAGGUGCCUUAUGCUUUCUGCAUCUUGUAAUACAAUAUGCUUCUAUAUUCUAGUAGCAUGUUCAUUGCUAGUACUUUUUCUCUCUCCUACGUUUCUUUUUCCUGAUGGCUGGUGUGUUCCAUUAUCUUUUUUUUUUUUUAAUUUGCUUUAUUCUUCUUUCACCUUCUGUCAUCUAAUGCUGCUAUUCUUUUACUCUUGCCUCUAAUGGAACAAAUCUAUUCCACAGCUAUCAAGAAGAAACAGAGCUGGUCUUUGCCUUUUUCUCUGCAUCACAAUUUGCCAGUGGUCUGCCUUCUUUAUCCUUUUGCAUAAUUAUGUCUCAGCUUUUCAGUGUUACAUCAGCAAAAAGAAUAACGUACGUGCCACAGAAGCUGUAGACUACCAGUCGGUUCCCCCGACAUUUCAUAGAAGCUCCCUGGCUUGCUGCUGUGAUACUAGGUUUCUGGACACUGUCAUCAGUUUUAUUCAGUUGUAUAUAAUAUAUGCCUAUUUUUAAUGGGA